AUUCCGUGUUUAACUUGGAAUAUCCCGAUAAUCUUGUAAAUGUUGAUUUUGACAGGAAUGAAUCAGGAUUGAAAAUUGUCUUGAUAAUCAAAUCUCGAUUCUUCAACACAACACGUGUUCGAGAUACCGAUAUAAUUAUUUAUUUUGCCGCGUAG